CAUUGAGCUGCUUGUCGGCGAGCCUCCCUUUCUGUCAGUUUUCAAAUCGAUUUACCCUUUCCGUUUCAAAAUGCCUCCUAUAUUACUAACAUUUCUGUUGUUUUCAAAUGUUUAUGCGAACUUUAUGAAUAUGCUCAUGGGAUCAUCUUCCGCACCCCUACAACAGUACAGAGCAUAUGCAGGGUGCUCAUCAUCUGGCUGUGUUCCGGCUACAAUUGUCCCAAAAUCUUCCGGAUUUUGGCCAAAUGCAGAUAUGAUAGCAGGCCUGCAGACUGAGCAACGAUCUCAGAAUCAAAACCAAAACUCGAAUAAUCCUCAGCAAGACGAUCCGAGAACAAGUCAAAGUACUGGACAGAUUAACGGUAAUGUGCCAGGAAGUUCAAGCUCUAAUCAGCAACCUGUAAUCUAUAUCGCAAGGGCUGGAUCUGAUAAAUAUAAAAAUUCUGAAGUGACAACAAGUACUCCUACUCCUAAUGGGUUUAAUUUUGGAAAUGGUUUUCAAGGAGGUCAAAAUCAGAAUACUGGAUUUUCUUCCGGAUUUUUCAAUAAUCAAAACCAGAAUUCAAAUCAAAAUUUGAAUCAGAACAACUUUCAACAAAAUCAGAACUUAGGAGCCUCGUCUGGAUUCUUCAACAAUCAAAAUCAGCAAAACUCUCAACAAAAUCAAGUUAAUGGUCCAACAUCCGGGUUCUCUAACCAACAAACUUCUAAUCAAAACUCUGGAUUUUUCAAUAAUCAAAACCAACAAAACGGACAAAAUUUUGGAAACUCUGGGAAUCAAAAUGGAGUCAAUCCCUAUUCUGGAGCAUUUUCAAACGGGCAAAAUCAAAAUCAACAAGGAUUCUUUGGAAAUAAUCAAAAUAAUCAACAAAAUUCCAAUGGUCAAGUUCAAGGAUCACAAAAUAAUCAAAUUUGGAAUCAAAAUCAAAACCCAAAUAUUUUACCAUUUGGACCCAAUCUAGUGAACAGUAAUACACAGUUCGGGCCACAACCGUUUCAACCAAUCCAGCCCGGCGGUCAAGCUGUUCAAUUUGUGGGAGGAGGUGGAAGUGGGGGAGCACCGGGAUCGCAAUCCGUACCGAUGACUGAUGAAGCACAGCAGAUUGCUGUUCAAAUUCAGGCAAUUCGAGACAAUUUGAGCAUUACACGAAACGAAUCAAAUUAUUUGAUAAAUCAACUGAAAUUAAGUUUACCACAAGAACUGCAAAACCAACUGGAAAUGGUUUGAAACUUCAAUUAAUAAAUGAAAAUAUUUGACUGUCAAUAAAGUUUAUUAAACAAAGUAAAAAUGCCA